AUGGCUUCUAUCGACGACACAUAUACUCAACUCCCCCUACACAUUGAUCCCCAAACAAAACAAAUUUCUAUCCUCUCCUCGGACAAGACCCUUCAGGAUGCCAUUUCCAAUCUGAACAGUCUACAUGGCGCUCUCAAGUCCCUCGAGACCUCGAACAACGUCCCACCCCCCCCUCUCCCCGUCAAUCCCAAACGAUCCGCCCAGGUCCAAAAGUUAAGAGACUCUGCGGCAGCGGCGUCUCGUAAAGGCCAGCAUGCGGACGCCAUCCGCCUUCUCGGAUUUGGCAUAGAUAUGGCAGCAGCCCGACCAGGCUGGGAACCCAUAAGUCGUGCUAGAGAAGAACUAGCCCUGAUGUAUCUGUCUCGCGCCGCAGCACAUGCAAGUGUUCAAAACUGGGUGGAGGGUCUUAAAGAUGCUGAGUGCAGUUUGGAAUGUAAAAGAGGCCCUGGUAUUGGCCCGAAUGGAGAAAAAGUUCCUGGGAACGCCAAAGCAUACAUUGUCGGAGGCAGAUGUCUGAUGGAGAUGGCUCGCUGGGCCGAUGCCGUUGAAUGGCUCGAGAGGGCGAUCCAGAUGGAAGGAAAGGAAGGUGAUGAUGGCCGAGAACUCACCAGACAACUAGCAGAAUCGAAAAAGCACAUAAAAGAUGCGAAUUGA